AUGGCUGCCAACUUGAGCUCAAAGGAGCUGGACGACAUCUACUCGUUCGCUAUCCAGCUUGGCAAGGAUGCCGGCAAAAUGCUACUGGAAGCUGCCAUGCUACGCUGCAAGGGCGGAAUCGCCGAAAACACAGCCCACGUGGAGAAGAUGAACGCCGUUGAUCUGGUAACCCAAACCGAUGAAGAUGUCGAGGCCUUUGUCAAGAACAGCAUCACCAAAAAGUUCCCUGCGCACAAAUUCAUUGGAGAGGAGACUUAUUCCAAAGGCACCUCGAAAGACUACCUCGUCAACGAAGAGCCAACAUGGAUCGUCGACCCGCUUGACGGAACGGUGAACUACAUUCAUCUGUUCCCCAUGUUCUGCGUCUCGAUCGCUUUCGUUCACAACCAUGUCCCGACCAUCGGUGUCAUCUACGCUCCCUUUCUCAACCAGCUUUUCACCGCCUGUCGCGGCCGCGGAGCUUGGCUCAAUGAGACGCAGCAACUGCCCCUGAUCCGGAACCCCAUUCCCCCAAUGCCGGCCAAGGCUCCUUCAGGUUGUGUCUUCAGUUGUGAAUGGGGCAAGGACCGCCGGGAUUCACCCGAGGGUAACAUGCACAGAAAGAUAGAGAGCUUCGUGAACAUGGCAGCCGAGGUUGGCGGAAGAGGAGGAAAGGGUGGCAUGGUUCACGGCGUGCGCAGUCUGGGAAGUGCCACACUCGAUCUGGCCUACACGGCCAUGGGGUCUUUCGACAUAUGGUGGGAAGGCGGAUGUUGGGAAUGGGAUGUUGCUGCCGGCAUUUGCAUUCUGCAGGAAGCCGGUGGACUCGUCACCACCGCCAACCCGCCCGAGAACCCGGCCACUGCGACUAUUGAGGACGUCAGGCUCGGCUCAAGGCUAUACCUCGCAAUCCGUCCUGCCGGGCCUUCCGAAAAUGGCGAGAGUGGCAGAGAAAGCCAGGAGCGCACUGUUAGGGAGGUCUGGCGAAGGGUGAGGCACCUUGAUUACACGAGGCCUGGUGCGUGA